UUAUGCCAGGGCGCCAAGCCGAAGCCGAGAGAUUUCCCUUGCCGUACUGAUAAGGCCGUAACAGUGCGCGCGCGUGCCACGGCCGCGCGCCCCUCGCAACAUGUGGUCGUCGCGGCCCGGUCGCUGCGCAUCAACCAAUCACCGGCCGCCCUCCCCCCCUCCACCAGGGACACACACACAUAUAGCCCCGGGGCUCAUCCGCAAGCCUGUGGACGCCAGCGACAGAAGCCUCGCUCGACACCUCCCCCAGCAAUCCGAUCCUCCCUUCCCUGCAGCCAUGGCGGCCUCCACGGCGCUCUCCACCGCCGCCAACCCCACCCAGCUCUGCCGGCCCCGCGCUGCUUCUUCGCUGGGCAAGCCGGUGAAGGGCCUCGGCCUCGGGAUGGGCCGGCGGAGCAUCACGUGCCAGGCGGCGAGCAGCAUCCCCGCCGACCGCGUCCCCGACAUGGAGAAGCGGAAGCUGAUGAACCUCCUCCUCCUGGGCGCCAUCUCGCUGCCCACCGUCGGCAUGGUCGUCCCCUACGGCGCCUUCUUCAUCCCCGCCGGGUCCGGCAGCGCCGGCGGCGGGACGUACGCCAAGGACAAGCUGGGCAACGACAUCAAGGUGGACGAGUGGCUCAAGACCCACGGCCCCAACGACCGGACGCUGGCGCAGGGGCUCAAGGGCGACCCGACGUACCUGGUGGUGGAGCAGGACAAGACGCUGGCCACCUACGGCAUCAACGCCGUCUGCACCCACCUGGGGUGCGUCGUGCCGUGGAACAGCGCCGAGAACAAGUUCAUCUGCCCCUGCCACGGCUCGCAGUACAACAACCAGGGCAGGGUCGUCCGUGGCCCGGCGCCCCUGUCGCUGGCCCUGGUGCACGCCGACGUCGACGACGGCAAGGUCCUCUUCGUCCCGUGGGUGGAGACCGACUUCAGGACCGGCGAGGACCCGUGGUGGAAGGCAUAAGGGGGCUUCCUCGAUCUUCCUGUCUGUCAUCAGCUGCUCGUAGCCUUGAGUUCCUGUGUUCCUUCUCUGAGGGAGGGCUAUAAAUUCACUUACUCCAUGCCUCCAAACUAUUACAUAUGUACACAACACACUGUAUGAAACAAGAACACCUCUGUUUCUCAUCUCUGCAUAUACAACCUUUUUGAUUGAAGACUCUAAAAUCUGCUGGAAUGGAAUGAUGACCAUUUUUGCAA